AAAAUUUCUAUUUUCAUGCAGUGUUUCAAAACUGGGUUUGGUGGGUUGCUGAAUAUAUGAAGAAUGUGAAGAUGAAAUAUAGAGCAGAGCUGUAAAUUGAGUAAAUACGCUUCAUUUUCAUCACUUUCUGUUUCAGAUAGACUGUCAUGAAAUCAGUGCUGAAGAUAACACACGUAAUUUUUGAUUUGGAUGGCUUAUUGAUCGAUACUGAAGUAGUAUUCUCGAAAGUAAAUCAGUGUUUGUUGUCGAAGUAUGGUAAGGAAUUCACUUCGCAUUUGCGAGGUUUGGUGACGGGAAUGCCGAAGAAAGCCGCUGUGACACGCAUACUGGAACAUGAAAAACUAUCUGGAAAAAUUGACGUAGACGAAUACUGUAAAAAAUACGAUGAAAUGGCUGAAGAAAUGUUACCAAAAUGUUCUCUGAUGCCUGGUGUGUUGAAACUUAUACGGCACUUAAAAGCUCAGAAUAUACCUAUGGCUAUAUGUACUGGUUCGACCAGAAAGGAAUUUGAGCUUAAAACUCAAUAUCAUAAGGAACUACUUGAUUUGAUAUCUUUGAGGAUUCUAUCGGGUGAUGAUCCUGCCGUCAAACGAGGAAAGCCAGCUCCAGACCCUUUUCUGGUAACAAUGAGUAGGUUCAAUGAGAAACCUGAGAAAGCUGAAAAUGUCCUCGUUUUCGAAGAUGCAACUAAUGGAGUAUAUGCUGCAAUAGCAGCUGGCAUGCACGUUGUUAUGGUGCCAGAUUUAACUUACAUGAAGAUUCCAGAUGAGUUGCAAAACAAAAUAAAUUUGAUACUUAGAAGUUUGGAAGAUUUCAAGCCGGAAAGUGUGGGAUUGCCGGCGUAUAAUAAUAAAUAA